AUGAAUACCGUCUGCAGUCAACGCCAUAUUACGUCAACAAAUAUUUUGUUUAUCUAUCUAUCUAUCUAUCUAUCUAUCUAUCUAUCUAUCUAUCUAUCUAUCUCUCUCUAUAUAUAUAUAUAUAUCCGCUGCUAUCCACAUCGCUAUAACCACAAACAUCUCAAGUCACAACACAUCCGUAAUUAUUGUCAACAACAUUAUCUUGUAACCCUAACUUGCACGCGGUCGCAUUUCGAGUCAAAUACUUCUUUUCUGUUUCUUCCCGUUUUCUAUGCUCGCGUGUAUCCAGGCUGGAUUGCCAUUUUUCCCUCGCUUUCUAAAAUAUAUGCAUAUUCUGUUAUAAGCGCACAUUCUCUCCAAUGGAAAUGUAUAUAUUUCACCCACGUCUUGAUUAGUGACUGCCUACGAGGUUUAAAAUCACGCCCACGUCUCUCGCCCACGCUUCGAAAAUAUCACAUCGACGUUUCCUUGUAA